AUGCCACCCCGUGAUGCCGUCAAGAUAGCCUGUGAGCGUUGCACUGAGCAAAACCUCAUCUGUAUCGUCUCGCCGCCUACCCAAGAGCAGCAAGAGGCCCGACGCAGUUCAGGAAGGCGCCACUCUGACCGGUCGAUGACCGAAGCAGACAGUGAUUCUGAAGCUAGCUUCGACUCCCUUUUCCACGAGUCCCAAUCCGAACCUGAAUCCAAAUCCGACCGGCCUUUGACUCGCAAAGUUGGCCACGAGCCCCAGCAAACGAAGCAUGUCAAUUCUACGAUCGUCACCGAAAGGCAGAAGGGAGCUGCAACCAUGGAAACACGGCUCGCCGAACGUACUAGUACCGCUACCUUCGUUGGUGCCCAGUCUGGAUACGAAUCUGGCACCUCUGAUGAUGUACCGUUGGGCAAGAAACAGAGAGUUACUCCGCUUACUCCACCCAGUCGAAACAAAUCAAAGCCCACCACGCCUCAACAGAUCCAAGUGUCUCCAGCCCCUCUUGCAAAGAUGAUCCCGACUCAAAGAGACGUGCCCAAGCUUCUGAUACCUCAGUCGAUCAAUAUUCUACCCCAACGUCAGACACAAGUGACCACCACCACAACGGCUACUGCUAUCAGUGAUGGCCAACCCGGAACCCUAACCGCAACGUCAAAGAAAUCGCCACAAUAUCAGCUCGCGAACACGAAGCUAAAGGUACAUCUACACGGCAGUAAGGGCUACAAACCCCUACUGUUGAAAGACUGCAUGGCACCUUCCCUUUUCUUCACCAAAGUCCUCGAAAUAUGGUCCUUGCUAGACGACACUGUCAAGCGGCUUCACAUUACAUUUCCAUGGCUAUCCAAGGAGGAUAACGGAAGACUUAUGAUUCUGGAACGCCAAACCAUCAAGGCUGGCCUAAUAUGUAUCUGCGAUGAGGUGGAAACUGCCCCCUGUUGGGCUGAAGAAAAGGGCCACUGUUCUAUUGAUGUGACAAUCUUUCCAAACUCGGGAAUGAUGGAUACAUUUGAAGGGCCUGCAACCCGUGACGGUCGCUCGAUUCCGAAUAUGAGUGUCAACGCAAAUAAGGUUUAUUGGGCUAUGAGGGCAGACAAGCAGGCGGAUGUGGGACUACAUGUUCAAGAGAUAGCUAUUAUGGUGGGUAUGGAUGCAGUCGAAGUUGUUAUUGCGGGGGAAGAGUUGCUGGAGCAUUGUUUGAUUAUUACGAGCGACGAAAAUUAUGAUGUUUGGAGUCUGUUGGAAGUCUGA